CACUGUGCAAUGGCGUCUGCUCAGACUAUCCAGGACCUGUUACGAUUCUUAUCGCAAGAGGCAAAGGUGCCGCUUGGGCAGGCAAUGAGCAAGGUAAAAGAUCUUCAGAAUGCGUCCCUCGUCACCCCCGCCGAAAUCGCGAAGUCUCAGCUCGAAAGUAUCAGGGUCAUCUUCGGUGACGAGAAGGCGGCGAAGCAAGUUCUAAACGCCGCCAAACGUGUGGCAAAGAAGCGGACAACCAGUGACGCAUCUCCGACUUCCCCUGCGAAGAAACCCAAACCAUCUUUUGGAGAGCCGUUGAGUCCUGCACAAUUCGAAGACUCUCUUGGGCUCCCCGAAGCGUGCCGGGAUGAAACAAAGCUGUCUACGGCCGCUGUCUACACAAACCGGGCGCCACUGGUCUUAGCGUUCGCGGUGACAUUGUUGAAAUAUACUGUGCCCGAACAGCCCCUGUCGAGCAGACUGAGUCUUGCCCAAGCAGUUGUCAGUGCUAAUAGUAGAACGAAGGCUGUGAGUCUUGGCUUAGAGUCUGGAAAGAGCGCAGAAGAAGAGGGCUGGGGCGAAGGGCAACCUGUCAUCAAAGUCAUGGGCCGCGAGAUCAGGGUCAUGAAGAGAUGGGGAUACCAUUGGGACGCGAAAGAAGACGAGGGAGUGUCCCAGGAAACUGUCACUGAAACCCCGACCCAUGCCGAACUUCCCGCGCUUUGGGGCGUUGAUCUCGAGGCUCUCAAGAAAUCAAACGGGCCAGUAACGGUGGUUUCACGGCAUACAUCAACGAGUCAACUACCAAUAUACACGGCGCAGUCUGCAAGGGCCUAUCUCUUGAAGUCAUUUGAUUCGCCUAAAGCCGAGCCGGAUACUACGAAAGCAAGUCCGAAGAAAUCAAAUGCUGCCGUAGUUGCUGAGAAGGAACGCAAUCUUGGCCUGCUUCUUGGCGCCCUGGAGCUCCUGAUGGAAUCGUGGGCUUCCAUCCUCAGCAAAGGCGAUCUUGAUAAACGGGCAUGGAGCUGGUAUGUUCGCGUUCGCCCGGAAGUCGACCCUGGUAUUGCGGGGUGGGGAGGUAAAGGUAGCGUUAGGCUAUCAGAUAUUCUCGCGCUGAGAAGGCCUGCGGAUUAA